UCGCUACGCUAAUUGCUGUGGGUUCGAUUCGCAAAUACCCACCUACUUUCUCAGAUUUGUUUAUUUUAUUUUAAAAUUUUAAUGUUUGAUAUUACUGCAAAGAAGCACUCGUGUUUAAUUUAAAUUAUGGCUUUAUAUGAGGGCAUAGCCCUUAUUCAAGAAAAACAAGCAGUGGUACUGGAUUUGGGUUACGAUUAUACAAAAUUUGGUUUCACUGGAGAAGCUGCCCCUAGAUGUAUAAUUCGCUCAGAAUUUUGGUGCCCGACAGAGCGCCGCUUCAAAAGAGUUCACGAAUACAAAACUCCAGAGGAAUUAUAUGAUAAUCUAGUACAGAUGUUACACUUGCUCUAUUUCAGACAUGUGCUGGUAAACCCUAAGGAGCGUAAAGUUGUGGUUGUAGAGUCGCUACUCACCCCCACUCUCUUCAGGGAAACUCUCGCCAAAGUGUUGUUUAAUCACUAUGAGGUAUCAGGUGUGGUGUGGGCGGACAGUCCGAGGCUGUGCGCGCUGACCCUGGGCACUGCAGUCAGCUUGAUUGUGUCCAUUGGAGCCCGGGAAGCUGAAGUAGCUGCAGUGGUCCACGCGUCAGUGGUGCUCCGCGCACUGCAGUCGCAGCCGCUGGCCGCGCGCGCCAUACACGACGAGCUGGCGCGGCUGCUGGACGAGGACAACGGGCAGGAGCUGCAUUUGUCUGAUGACGUCAUUGAAGAUAUCAAAGUAAAGACCUGCUUCGUGAUCCCGCGCGCGCGCGCACUACAAUGGUCGUCCGCGUCCCCGCCCGCGGGCGCGGCCGCCGUGCGGUACCCGCGCGCGGGGCGCAGCGCCGUCGCGGUGUCGGGCCGCGCCCGCGAGCUGGCGGCGGAGCCCCUCUUCGCCAGGGACAACGAGUUAGCCUCGCUGCCUGAUAUUGUGCUGCAGUGUAUUAUGCAGUGUCCAAUCGACGCCCGGCGCGCGCUGGCUGACAAUAUCCUAGUGACGGGCGGCACCGCCGCGCUGCCCGGGCUGCGCGCCAGGCUUGCGCAGGAGCUGAAGGUUCUCGUCACACAGCCGCCUUACAACGAGCAUUUAUACAUCCAAAGCUUCAAGUUCCACUCGGCGCCGGCGCACUGCAACACGACGGCGUGGGUGGGGGGCGCGGUGGGGGGCGCGGAGGGGGGCGCCGCGCGGGCGCUGUCGCGCGAGGCGUGGGCGCGGGCGCGGCGUCUGCGCGACUGGGUCUGCUUGCUCGACAACACGCCGCACGACCAUCCGCAUAGAGAACAUUUGGAUAUAUAAAUCUAUCUCUGUAUACCGAGAAAACUAGGCAUCAUCAAAAAUAAAGAAAACUGAACGCGACGCGUGGCCCAAAUGAGAUAGAAGAUUGUCAUACACAUUCAUAUAUAAUGUGUUAUUGCUAGCACUGGUGUCAAUCUAUUACAAGUAGUGUAAAGUAUGUAAACAAUCAUCUUGUGAACUGAACUGAAAAUAACCUCCACUUCAAACUGCUAUGUGUAUGUCCACAGAGAGUGCUUGCAUAAGAUUAAUUUCCCGAAAUAGCAUUAAGUUUUUUUAUAUCAAAAUACCUAAUAGUGUAUUUGCUCUGAAAUAUUUAUUUAACCAGUCAGUAAAAUGAAGUUUAACAGCCGUUUGCUCUUCAUUACAAUUGUAAUAUUCUUAUAUCUGUGAGCGAAACAGAAUUUAUAAGCAAAAUUUAACAUAUUUAUAAAAUAAACUUAUUUAUUUACAUCUA